AUGGACGAAGAGCUGCCCUGCGCUGAGGUGGAUGGAGAAGUGUCCUCUGCCACCGAGGAUCUGGGAGGAGAGAUGGCCUGUGCGGAGAGCGAUACUGAAGGAGACAUGCCCUGUACCGAGAGCGAUGCAGAAGGAGAGGUGCCCUGUGCUGAGACCCACGCAAAAGAAGCAGCACUUUGUGCUGAGAGCAGUGUGGAAGGAGAGAUGCCCGGCACUGACAGCGAUGGGGAAGGGGAAAUGCCCUGUGCUGAGAGUGAUGCAAAAGGAGAGGCGUCAUGCUAUGACAGUGAUGGGGAAGAAGUACCGGAUACUGAAAUCCCUGCUGCUUCAAAGAAAAUGUCUUCUAUUUCUUCUCCUUUGCGGGCAAUCAUUCGCCUGCGACGACAAUACCGGGUGCAAAAGAAAAGCCGUCUGCAUUUAGAGAUUCCUCGAGAAAGGUCUUCAGAGCUUGUCCAUACGAGGCUGCUUCAAAGGCAGCUUUCCCUGAACCGAACUAGCCUGUAUGGCCCUUCCAUGUCCUUCUUUAAUCAGACCAGCUCUGAAACUUCCCAGUACUUCACCUUUGACACGUCUGUGGAGCAGCAUGCGAUGAAAAAAUGCAGGCGGAAAAAGAAUCGAAGGAAAUCUAGGAUAGUCCUGUAUCCAGAUAAAACAAAACGAUACCUUCCAACAGAGGAGAAGAGCAAGGCAAAACGCUGCCUCCUCUUGCUCAUUGCCAUUAUCUUCUUCCAGAUUCUCAAUGCAAUAGAGAACCUGGAUGAUAACCUCCAAAAAUAUGACCUAGAUGGUUUAGAGAAAACAAUGCACCGGGAAGUAUUUGGGCAGAAGGUUGCUGUGGAAAGUAUUAUGGAAUUACUGAAGGACUAUCUGGCUACCCACAUACACAACAAGCCUCUUGUAAUCUCUUUAAAUGGCCCAACAGGAGUUGGGAAGAGUCAUGUUGGCUGGUUGCUGGCCAAACAUUUUCGUUCGGUCAUGGACAAUGACUUUGUGCUUCAGUACUUUGUUAUGCAUCACUGCCCCAGCGGGGCGGCUCCUCUUACUUGUGAAAUAGAUUUGUCUAAGAAGAUUUCUGACAUGGUUACAAGAGCCGAAGUAGAGGAGAAGAUACCAUUGUUUAUUCUGGAUGAGGUUGAACUCAUGUCUCCAGUCUUGCUGGAUACUCUCAGCCGAUUCUUUGAACCCAAUCAAACUAACGAGUUCCUCAAUGCCAUCUACAUUUUAAUAAGCAACAUAGGAGGCGCUGAAAUAACAAAGUUUGUUAUCCAGAAUGCAUCUGCUGAGCUUCUGCAUCAGCAAAGGGGAGUUGAAGAACUGCUGAGCAUCGUCCAGCCUGUACUGAUUGAUGUCCACCCUCUCUGGAAAUCUGCAGACAUCAUCCCAUUUGUUCUUCUGGAGAAGACCCACGUCAUAAACUGCUUCCUAGAGGAGAUGAGGAGGGAAGGGCUGUAUCCUGACCAGAAGCAUAUUGAAAAUUUAGCGAGUCAGCUGAGUUACUACACUACAGGGGACAAGCAGUACUCCAGGAUGGGCUGCAAGCAGGUUGUGGCCAAAGUCAACCUGCUGUAG